CGAGCUGAAAAAAGCGGUGCUUGUGGGUCACCAUCCCUUUUUCCUAUACAAAUUAUUGUAAUAAAGAGUGAAAUUUAGAACAAAAUUUAGUAACCCUUUUUGGUUUUCAAUCCAAUUUCUGAGUCUGAGUCGAUGAUUACUAGUAAAAAUGUUGCCAAUGCCGUUGGUGGGAAAACGGCUCGAGCUUGUGACAGUUGUAUAAAGAAACGAGCUCGAUGGUACUGUACUGCUGAUGAUGCGUUUCUUUGCCAAGCUUGUGAUUCUUCGGUUCACUCGGCUAAUCCCCUUGCACGUAGACAUGAAAGAGUUCGAUUGAAAACUGCGUCGUUUAAGUCUUCAAGUGGUGGUGGUCGUGGUGGUGGUGGUGGAGGAGGAGAAGGAGGAGCUGCUGUUUCGGAGAAUUCAGUGCCUUCAUGGCACCGAGGGUUCACCAGGAAGGCCAGAACGCCUCGACAUGGGAAGCCCUCAAAACCUGAUCAUCAUCAUCAACUAAUACGAAAUCCUCUUCCUUUUGUCCCAGAAGUUGGUGGCGAUGAGAUAUCUCAAGAGAUCAAUGAAGAAGAACAGCUUCUUUAUCGGGUUCCGAUUUUCGAUCCCUUUGCAGCCGAGCUAUGUACGUCUGCCAACUCAAACAAUGAAACGGAAAAGAAGAGCGAGAUUAGAGAUCAUGUAAAUGGAAGUGAAUCAAAAGUGAUUGCAGGAGGUUAUGGAAAUUCAAACACGGGAGAUGUGGAUAGUUUACAUGGAUUUCUUCCAUCUGACAUUGAGCUUGCUGAGUUUGCAGCUGAUGUAGAGAAUUUGCUGGGAAGGAGUUUUGAGAAUGAGUCGUUCGCCAUGGAAGAGUUGGGGUUGAAGGAUUACAAAGAGAAAGAUUUGAAGGAGUGUUGCCUGGGGAAUAGUGGGAAAGUGAAGGUUGAAGAUGAAGAUGAAGAGGGUGUUAAUACUAAGGAGUGUAAAGUUGAGAGUGAAAUCGACAUGGAAAAAGAACCUUUUGAGUUGAAUUUCGAUUAUGAUGAUGAUUCUCCGACUGCAACAUGUACCGGAGAGGAAGAUGAGAAGAUUUUUAAAGAAGAGUUUGCCAUGGAGACAAGUGGAGGAAUCUUUGAAGAAGAAGAAGAAGAUGGUUCAAAGAUGAAGAAGAAGAGAAAAAUAUUGUUGAGCUUGGAUUAUGAAGCCGUGAUAACUGCUUGGGCAAGCCAAGGCUCUCCGUGGACCACCGGCAGCCGCCCGGAAUUUGACCUUGAUGAAUGUUGGCCUGACUGCAUGGCUGAUUGUGGGACUGACCUCCACCACACUUAUGUGGGCAUUGGGACACAUCCGGCCAUGGUAGACGGAGGAAGAGAGGCAAGAGUGUCGAGAUACCGAGAGAAACGUCGAACACGGUUGUUUUCGAAGAAAAUACGGUACGAGGUUCGGAAAUUGAAUGCAGAGAAGAGGCCUAGAAUGAAAGGGAGGUUCGUGAAGAGGGCAUCCUUUGCAGGAGGAACUCAAGCUUUUCCUUUGUUUAACAAGUAAAUUAACAACGUCUAGAUGUGAACUCCCUGUUUAAUUAGUUUACUUAUGUUGUUUUUAUAGCAAGAUCAUAGAGUAAACUUGAGCUAAUCAUGUGUUGAUAGUAUCCAAUAAAUUGAAUAAAAACAAAAAAAUAAAAAAGCUUAGAUGUAUAUGCUUUCGUGCUUA